AUGGGAAAUAUGCGGGCCCGAUCCUUGAAACUUUAUCUAACGAACAUUAAUGCUCAUAAUGAAGCACUUGGGUUUGGGUGGAAUCGCAGCACAUUUAAUGCAAUUAUAAAAGAAAUUCUGAAUAAGAAAGCUUUACAUCCUGAGUUAAAUGUCGCAUCACCUCAUGGUUACGAUCAAGGCUCUUUCGAUGCUUGUUAUUUCUUAAAUGGUAUCAAUUCCCAAUAUUAUAAUGAAGAUAGUCAAUUAGAUACAAAUUAUUUAGCGAAUUACAUUUCUUACGCUUCUGAUAUUAAUUACGAUCCCCUUCCAUUUGGUGCUAAUUCUUAUCAACUCGGAUAUAUUUUACCGAAUAGUAAUAUCCCUUCUGAAGGGAGCUUCUUUGACUCUUAUUCUCAACAGAUAUGCUCAAAUUCCGAUGUUGCAAUUAAUCAAUUUAAUGUGUUGAAUAAUGAUAAUAUU